GCCGCCAUGAGCACACGCUUCGGGCAGACGCUCCUCCUCCUCUCGCUCUUCGCAGCGGCAGGAGCUGAGGUUUUCUUCCAGGAGGACUUCGAUGAUGGCAAGUGGGAAUCGCGCUGGGUUAAGAGCAAGUUCAAGUCCAGCGAUGAGGGUCCUUGGGAGCUCUCGGCCGGAAAGAACUACGGCGAUGCCAACAACAAGGGUAUCAAGACCAUGACCGACUACAGAUGGUACGACAUCUCCGCCAAGACCCCCUCCUUCAACAACAAGGGCAAGAAGCUCGUACUCCAGUACACUGUCAAGCACGAGCAGAACCUCGACUGCGGUGGCGGCUACAUCAAGCUCGCCCCCAUGAGCGACCAGUCCAAGUGGGGAGGGGACUCCGAGUACUCCAUCAUGUUCGGACCUGACAUCUGCGGGUACUCGACCAAGAAGGUCCACGUCAUCUUCACCUACAAGGGCAAGAACCACCUGAUCAAGAAGGAGAUCAAGCCUGAGACCGACGAGCUCACUCACAUAUACACCCUCAUCCUCAACCCGGACAACACGUACGAGGUCCAGAUCGACUUGAACAAGGUCGAGAGCGGUUCUUUGUUGGAGGACUGGGACAUGCUCCCCCCCCAAGAAGAUCAAGGACCCCAAGGUUCCUUCAAGCCCGAUGACUGGGAUGAGAACGAGGAGAUCGAUGAUCCCAAGGACAAGAAGCCUGACGGCUGGGACGACAUCCCCAAGCAGAUCGUCGAUCCUGACGCCAAGAAGCCUGACGACUGGGACGAUGAGAGUGACGGCGAGUGGGAGGCCCCCAUGAUCGACAACCCCAAGUACCAGGGAGAGUGGAAGCCCAAGAGGAUCCCCAACCCCGCCUACAAGGGCAAGUGGGAGGCCCCCGAGAUCGACAACCCUGACUUCGUGGACGAUGCUGAGUUGUACAACGUUGUCAAGGACAACGGCCUCGUUGGCUUCGAGUUGUGGCAGGUCAAGGCUGGCAGCAUCUUCGACAACAUCUUGGUCUGCGACGACCCUGCCUAUGCUAAGGCCCAGGCGGAGAAGAACAUCGUUCCCCUCCAGAAGGCCGAGAAGGAGAUGAAGCAGAAGAAAGACGACGAGGAGGCCGAGCAGCGCAAGAAGGAGGACGACGAUCGCAAGGCCAAGGAAGCCGCCGAUGACGACGAUGAUGAUGAUGAUGAGGACGAUGAUGACAAGAAGAAGUCCGAGCUAUAAGCAGCUUCAUCGUCAUCGUCUUAAGAAAGAUAGCGAGUGAUUUCAAUAUUACAUAAACCACGAAAUGCCUG